AUGGAUGAUUAUUUUUCAACACCAUUUCCGUCACCAAAUCCCCCAGUCUCUCCUGCUAGCUUUCAUAGGGAGGACUUCCCAUCGCCGCUGUUCAGCCGCCGUAGCCAGGACGUGAGAUACAGUCUAUACAGUCCAGUAUCGCCGAGGACAGAGAGUGUUUUCUCGCGCCACGAAAGCUACCAGCCGAUACUCAGGAGUAACAUCCCAUGGGAACCAACCGAUGAUAGCAACUGCUGGAGCGAUGCUGUCACAGCCAGCGCUGUCUUGGGCUUGCUACGCAAGGAUCCCGUCCAACCACCCCAAAACCGCACCUCUGAGUUGAAUCGUAUUGUCGAAUCGAAUGACGAGCCCCGAGAAGAGCAACGAGAGGAGCAACAACAACAAGAAGAACGACAACAAGGGCAGCUCUUCACAUGCGCUUCCUGUUUCGAAAGCCUCGAUCACCGUUCAUACCCCCAGACGCCUAUCACUGCAGGAUGUGAUCACUCUGGGACACCCACGAUGCAUAUCUGUAUAUCUUGCUUGCGCCAUAGCUUGGACAUGCAAUUCUCUUCAGACUCAGAGUCGCUGAUGUGUCCACUCUGCCACACACACCUCUCGCCCGACGAUGUCCAACGAUGGGCCAGUGCAGAAACAUUCCAAGUCUAUGACACAAUAAGGACUCGACAGAUAUUAGAAAGAGAUUCUGAAUUCGUCACUUGUGCCCGGAUGAACUGUGGUGCUGGCCAACUACACGUUGGUGGGCGAGAAGAUCCGGUCGUUGUUUGCAGGGCCUGUGGCACCUGGACAUGUUUCAACCACCGCGAUACAAUCUACCAUGAAGGAAUGACAUGUGAAGAGUAUGAUGUUAUGGCCAAACCCCGAUUCCACAGAAUAGAUUCGCCGGGCAAUACUCGAAGAAGCCCUGGGCUGUUGCAGAGGAUACGUGGGCUGAAGACAGCGAAGAAUCCAUCAUCACAGCCUUAUCGACUGGAUGCCACAAAGGAGGAGCUCCUCAGCUGGAAGAAGAUUGGCGAAAUCGCGAGGCCUUGCCCUCGCUGCAACACAGUAACCGAGAGGGACGGAGGGUGCAAAUAUAUGCAAUGCUCGAUAUGUAAACAGCAGUGGUGUUGGGACUGUGGUGGUCGAUGGCAGCGGGGACAUUUGGACGGAUAUUUCUCCUCCCAUUCGUUCCCUGUAGAGCAUCUGCAAACACCCACUGCCCAGCCAAUGACAGCCCAGAAUCCCGCUCCACUCCCGACAGAGUUCUCCGCUAAUGCGCGCGUCGAGUGGACUGUCACCUCGCCGGGACCGUCUGAGCUUCUCAUUGGACGGGAGGCUCUUGGCCAGCGGUAA